UGCAUCUGAACCUGAGGUUCGAGCUAUGUUCUAUGCUCGCUGUUGACUAAACUCGAGUGCAGGUCACAAGUCGCGUGGCCUUAGAAGGCAUGCUUGGUACUGCUUAGGGAACAUUCAUGCUGUUCUAUACACAUACUAAGCUAGUACUAAUGCUGCGAUCCUGAUCUCACCCGCACAUGAAUCUCACGCUGGGGGGUGGAAGCAGAUAGGACUUCAUGCUGUUGAACACAUUUCUCCGGCAACAUGCGCCGCUCAAAUCGUACUCGCCCCGCAAAGGGCGGGCCCUCUCGCAGUCGCCAGUCACGGCAACAUGACGGGCCAGAUGACGAUGAGAUCCCUCAAGUAUACCGGGAGAUGCUGGCAGAAGCCGAAGCUCGAGAUGCUCAGGCGCCAGCAGAAGAUCGGCCAAUUAAGAGGCGCAAAGUGCAAGAGCAGCCAGUUACAGCACAUGUCUCCCAGGUUUCAAACCAGUCAUCACAGUCGCAAACCAAUCCCGAUCAACAAUCCGAUCGCCAGGUGCAGAUGGUGUAUGAUUCCUCCACGUCUGAAGAAUCAGAUAUGGAAUGGGAAGAAGUCGAUCUGCAACAACCACCAGCUGGUCCAGCUGGUAUAACCCCCACCGCGGAAGACAGCGGGCCCAUGGAGAUUACACUGGAUAAACAUGAAGACCAAAAACGCAGAGUUGCCCCAAGGCGAAAGCCUAUCACUGCCACUGAAAGAAAGUUGAGGCUGGAUAUCCACAAGGUCCAUGUGCUCUGUCUUAUGCGACAUGUUCAAAUGCGCAAUCUGUGGUGCAAUGAUGAAGAGGUCCAGAAAUUUCUCAAACGGAUAUUAUCGAGAAACACGAUCACACUGUUAAAUCCCCCGCAGGAUAAACCACAGUAUGCAAAGUCGACCACAUUCAUCGACGGGCUGAAUCAAGCUAGCGAUGCAUUUCUCAAGAGAUUCAAAGUGACGCAGCCGGGGCUAAAACGGGCUCACUGGGCCGAAGACCCGGACUCGUUGAAGAAACGUGUGGAGCAAAUCAUGGUGGAUCCGGAAGUCAUAUUUUCGAAGGAAGAUUUCCAGAAGCAAGCCAAGACACUACAGGGCUCUCGCGAUUUUGGAGCACAAUUAUUUUGUGCCUUGCUACGUUCCGCGGCUGUGGAAGCAAGAUUAGUCUGUUCGUUGCAACCGUUGCCGUUCUCCGGGACCACGAAGAACAUGACUCCAACGAAGCCUAAGCCGCAAUAUAUUGUUAUCUCAUCAGACAAUCCCGAAACGUCCGCCGAUGAACAAAUCAAGUCUCAGGGCUCGCCAACGCCGCAAUCUAGGACGCGGAGACUUGGUCGCCCACAAUUUAAACCAUCUCGUCCCUCAAAGCCGAUUGUCACCAGUCCACGACCAAUCCCCAAUCGAGAGUCAUCCUAUCCGGUAUUCUGGGUCGAAGCUUUCAAUGAAGCAGUCCAAAAGUGGAUCCCCGUCGACCCUUUGGUCACAAAGUCCCUGGCCAAGUCAUUCAAGUUCGAGCCUCCAUCCAGCGAUCCAUAUAACUGUAUGAGUUAUGUCGUUGCCUUCGAAGAAGACGCGUCAGCGCGAGAUGUUACCCGCCGCUACGCAAAAGCCUUCAAUGCUAAAACGCGCAAACUCCGAGUGGAAUGUAGCAAGAACGGCGAGAGAUGGUGGCAGAGAGUGUUGGAGUUCUAUGAGAAACCAUUCCUCGAAGACCGCGAUGAAAUCGAAAUCAGCGAGCUGACUGCCAAAACAGCCGCUGAACCUAUGCCGCGGAAUGUGUUAGAUUUCAAAGAUCACCCGAUCUAUGCUUUGGAGCGACACCUGCGUCGCAACGAAGUCGUAUUCCCCAAGCGUGCUAUCGGUCAAGUCAGCUUGGGUAAAUCAGGGUCGAAGCAUGAAAAGAUGGAGCCUGUCUAUCGACGCUCCGAUGUCCAUUCGCUCCGCAGUGCAGAUAAAUGGUACCGAUUAGGGCGGGAUGUAAAACUAGGGCAACAACCUAUGAAGCGUGUCCCGGCCCACAGAGUCGCCUUGAUUGAUGAUGAGGACUCCGAAACAGCUGCGGAAACCCCUCUCUAUUCGCUAUCUCAAACAGAGAUAUACAAGCCGCCACCGGUCGUCCAAGGGAAGAUACCAAAGAAUGUAUAUGGGAACCUAGAUGUAUAUGUACCAACAAUGGUGCCAUCCGGGGGAGUUCAUAUUAUACAUUCCGAAGCCGCGCGGGCCGCCAAAAUCCUCGGUAUUGACUAUGCAGACGCUGUCACUGGGUUUGAUUUCAAAGGUCGACACGGAACUGCCGUAUUUCGAGGGGUUGUUAUUGCUACCGAACAUCGUGAAGCGCUGGAAGAAGUUAUACAGGGGCUUGAGAACGAGAAGAUGCAGGCUCAAUUGGAAGAGAAAUCUGCCGAAUGUCUCCGAUUUUGGAGACACUUUUUGCUCAAGUUGCGUAUUUCGGAAAGAGUCAAAGGAUAUGCCGUCGAAGGCGAUGAAAGUGAUAAUCAAGCAAGUGGCGACAUGAGCGAUGAUGAUUUUGGAGACGCGGAAGAUUAUGGAGGCGGUUUCAUACCGGAACCAGACCAAGAAAUUGCGUCUCCAUCUGCUGGGAUGAACAUCAGGGAAUACACCGCACCAGACAUCGCAAUGAAUCACAGUGCGGCGUCCCCAUCAAGUGCGGACGACACACUUGGUGGAGGAUUCAUGCCUGAAGAGGAUAACAACGCCGCGGUUUCGCCGUCUCAACCAGAAACCAACCCCAACCAUACAGAUCGGAAUGCAGCAGAUCAUUCACGCUAUACUCUUGUUGUUUUACCGAACGAUAAGAACGAGAAGCCAAGCAAUGUAGAAGCUGCUGACACCGAUUCUGGUUCAUCCAGGUUACCUGUGUUCGAUUUGGAUAUAGAUACAGGCCCUUCGGGGAACUUCCAGGGCAAACAAGGUUCAUUGGAAACACCGAUCACGGUCGAAUCGUCGACCGCGGCAGAUUCUAAAUCUGCCAGCGUGGAGGCUCUCUCAGGAGCCCCCUCUCAGUCACAGUCACGAAUCCCAUCUUUGGAGGCCCCGGAAAGCGAGGCAGGCAGUAAUGACGAAGGGUCAUUGCUAUCUGAGGAUCCUGAGGAUGAAGAUGCGAUCCCGGAGUGGCUGAUGUCAGACUGACUUCUGGACGUUGGUUUGUCAUAUUUAUCUACCUUGUAAAGACACGAGUUGGUCUAGCAAACAUAAUAGAAUCAAAUGAACCUUGGUAGAAGCUG